UAUGCAAGAGCACCGCUACCGUCGCCACCUGUCGCUGUCGUCGCGUCAACGAGAUUGAAUUGCCGUUUGUUGAAUGUUGCAACUACGAAAUCAUGUGAGCGCGUAGAAAGCAUGUUUCUUUGCAACCUGUAUUCCCCUGUUUGAAUUCGUCAUGAAAUGAUUGUUGGUAUCGUGAUCCCUCGUCGCUCACCGUCUCAGACGAUCCGCUAAUUGCCAUGGAAAGCAGUGACAGCAACGCCUUUGUCCUGCCAGUGUGCUGGAAGGAUGAUGUACGAAUGCGGUCGCUUUUCGCCGAGUUCCGCCCCAAGGAAGCGAAUCCGGAAGGAUGGCAAGACAAAAUGGACUUUUGGGUUUCGCUCAUCCUCCAGUGGAGCCGCGAAACGAGGACGCCAGUGUUUUCAGCCAGCGACGUUGCUGUCGCCUUCGAGCGCAAGCGGAGCCAGCCCGCAUGCCUGAGGACAGUACUGUCGCACAUGAAGAAGUCGGGCGAUCUUAUAAACAGCAAGGACUACUUCACCAGCGAAGGUUGGGUCAAAUGGGGCUUCGACACUCUGGUCAAGAGGCCGUUGACAUGGAUGUGGACUUGGGGUUCGGGCAGCGGCGAAGCUGACACCGAGAUCGAUGAGAUGCUCGUCAACGUUGACGUCCUGAAACAGCUCCAACAAGAAGUCAUGAAGCGUUGCGAAGACGAAAAGUUUGUAGAAGAUGUCAUUCCAUACUCCGAAGUUUGGAAUGUGUGCGCGGGCAUUUGCAAAGACCAGCGAUCCUUCGCUUACGUACUAAACGGGCUGGAGAAGUCACAAUACGUACGGCUCUUUCAAAAGGACGGCAAGAAAGUCGUGCAGUUCCUUCGCCAUAACAACCAGCUGAGCGAGCAGGAGAAGGCGAUGCUCAAGCUCGAGAAGGCUAAGCAGGACUUGAAUCAGAAGGUGGACUUGCUGCAGGGCGACAUCGACCGUUGCACGCGCGAGGCACUCGAGGCCAAGAAGCAGGGCUUGCAGAACAAGGCCCUCCACAUACUGAAGAAGCGGCGGAGGGCACAGCAAGUGCUGGACAAGCAGUUCGCCAUGCUGGACAACAUCCACUCCCUCGAGAUGAACAUCCACGAGAACAAGGACAUCCAGUUAGUCUACGACGGCUACAAGACGGCGGCCCAAGCGCUCAAGGUGGCGCAUGGUGGCCUGGAAGUGGACAGCGUCGACGACGUCGUUGCCGAAAUUAACACUACCCUUGAAGACCAACAAGAGCUUCAAAGACUUAUGGGCAUGCCAGUGGCCGCUGCAGACGCCGAGGUUGACGAGCUGGAAGCGGAGCUAGACCAAAUAUUGAAAGAGGACACUGAUUACAAGGAAGGCCAGAAUGUCAGCGGGGCUUCGAACACGGACGAGGAACUGAAGUUUCCCGCGGUUCCCACCGAGGCUCCUCACUCUCCAGUCAGACUAGGGGAAGCAGCUCGACGUAAUGCCCAGUUCGUUGCUUGGAAUGCCCAGUAAAAGUGCCUUUUGCCAAUUGUGCCUUUCAUGCUUGCGUUAGUGAGCAUUGUGCAGUGUAAAGCACAACUUUAGAAGUUAUGUGCUGUUUUAGUUAACAAUGCAACCUGUGCACAGGGUGGGGCAUCUGUGCUGUUUGUUGCAAGUUUCUUUGAGUAACAUCAUUUUUGUGUUGUCCUUGUAUGUAGAAAACUUUACUUUCAAAUAAAUUAUAAUUUAUCAUGGUA